UAACUUUUAUUAAAAUAAUAUAUGAUUGAAAGCCUUAUCCAGCUACUACUUACUAUAAUAGAAGCACAACUUGAACUGACAAAUAAGAGCUGUCUGAACUCUGAAAACUGAAAAACAGUUAGUGAAAUAUGGAUGUGAAGAACAGUAGUGAGAUUCAAACAAGUUUGGUUUUUUGUGUUAAUGGUGACAAGUUUGAGUUAUCCAAAGUUGAUCCAUCAACCACUUUGCUUGAGUUCUUGCGUACUCAAACUAGAUUCAAGAGUGUCAAACUUGGUUGUGGUGAAGGUGGUUGUGGUGCUUGUGUAGUUCUAAUCUCCAAGUAUGAUCCGUUGCACAACAGAGUUGACGAUUUUACUGUGAGUUCUUGUCUCACGCUACUUUGUAGCAUACAUGGAUGUUCAAUAACAACUAGUGAAGGCAUUGGAAAUAGCAAACAAGGAUUCCAUCCAAUUCAUGAAAGAUUUGCUGGAUUCCAUGCUUCUCAAUGCGGUUUCUGUACUCCCGGAAUGUGUGUUUCCCUCUUCGGCGCUCUUGUCAAUGCCGAAAAGAGCAGUUCUCCAGAGCCACCGACUGGUUUCUCAAAAAUUGCUGUUUCCGGGGCUGAAAAGGCCAUUGCAGGUAACCUUUGUCGAUGCACAGGUUACCGACCGAUUGCUGAUGCCUGCAAAAGUUUUGCAGCGGAUGUUGAUAUGGAGGAUCUCGGGUUGAACUCUUUCUGGAGAAAGGGAGAGAGCAAAGAAGGAAGACUUAAUAAGUUGCCUCGAUAUGAUCACAAUCACAAGAAUAUCGAAUUUCCUAUGUUUUUGAAGGAAAUCAAACAUGACUUGUUCAUAGCUUCUGAGAAACAUAGUUGGCACAAACCUGCUAGCUUAAAAGAGCUUCAAAGUUUAUUGGAAUUAAACCAUGCCAAUGAAAUCAAGAUAAAAGUUGUUCUUAAUAAUACUGGUAUGGGAUAUUACAAAGAUAAACAAGGCUAUGAUAAGUAUAUUGAUCUAACUGGAAUUUCGGAGCUCUCAAAGAUUAAAAAGGAUCAAUCAGGGAUUGAAAUUGGAGCUGCAGUUACAAUAACUAAAGCUAUCGAAGUUCUAAAGUUUCAAAACAAGAAUGAUUUUAACUCAGACUUUGUAAUGAUACUUGAAAAGAUUGCUGACCAUAUGAACAAAGUGGCCUCGGGGUUUAUUCGGAACACGGCCAGUGUAGGUGGUAAUUUGGUGAUGGCACAAAAGAGUAAGUUUCCUUCGGAUAUAGCUACUAUACUUCUUGCUGUGGAUUCAAUGGUUCGCAUAAUGACUGGUUCAAAGUUUGAAUGGCUUUCUUUGGAGGAAUUUCUGGAGAGACCACCUUUAGGUUUGGAGUGUGUGGUUUUAAGCAUUAAAAUUCCUAGUUUGGAAACUAUGAAAAGCGAAUCUUCAAAUACAAAAAGUAGAUUUCUCUUCGAAACUUACCGAGCUUCUCCUCGGUCGCUUGGAAAUGCACUUUCUCACUUAAAUGCUGCUUUCCUUGUUCAGGUGUCUCCAUGCAAGGAUAGUGAAGGAACCAUUAUAGAUACUAGUAGGUUGACUUUUGGUGGUUUUAAGACUAAGCAUGCAAUCAGAGCUAAAAAUGUCGAAGAAUUUUUAGCAGGAAAGUUGUUAAGUGUUAGCAAUCUGUAUGAUGCCAUCAACAUGCUUACAGAUACUGCCACUGCUAAUAUACCUCACGAUGAAGCCUCGAAAAAUGCUUACCUUUCGAGUUUAGCAGUAGGUUUUCUUUUUCAGUUCUUUAACUCGUUGAUUGAUAGUCCUGCAAAAAUAAACAAUGGUUAUUUAAAUGGACAUACUCAUUUGCCUUCGGUUGAGGCGUCUCAGAAUCACGUUCAGCCUAACAUAUUUCCUACUUUAUUGUCGUCCGGGAAGCAAAUCCUUGAAUCAGGCAGUGAAUAUAGACCAAUCGGUGAGCCAGUCACAAAAUCCGGCGCUGCAUUACAAGCAUCAGGUGAGGCUGUGUUUGUGGAUGACAUUCCAUCACCAAUAAAUUGCCUACACGGAACAUAUAUUUAUAGUUCGAAACCAUUGGCAAGGAUAACAAGUAUAAAACUCAGACAAGAGUUGGAACUUGAUGGAGUGAGGGGCAUCCUUUCUAGUAAAGACAUUCCUAAGGGCGGGGAGAAUCUUGGAGCAAAGAGUAUAUUUGGUUCAGAACCUUUAUUUGCCGAAGAUAUUGCUAGAUGUGUUGGUGAACGUCUUGCAUUUGUGGUUGCAGAUACUCAGAAACUGGCAGACAUGGCUGCAAAUUCAUCUGUUGUUGAUUACAGUGUUGAAAAUCUUGAACCACCUAUCCUAAGUGUUGAAGAUGCUGUUGAAAGAUCUAGUUUUUUUGAAGUUCCUCCAUUUUUAUGUCCAAAAUAUCAAAUUGGUGAUGUAUCAAAAGGAAUGGCUGAAGCAGAUCACAAGAUUGUUUCUGCGGAGAUAAAACUUGGAUCUCAAUACUAUUUCUACAUGGAGACACAAACCGCGCUUGCUGUACCAGAUGAAGACAAUUGCAUUACUGUUUACUGUUCAAGUCAAUGCCCUCAGUCGGUACAUUCUACUAUAGCAAAAUGCCUUGGUAUUCCUGAAAAUAAUGUUAGAGUCAUUACAAGAAGGGUUGGGGGAGGUUUUGGAGGAAAAGGUGCACGAUCUGUAGCGACUGCUACAUCUUGUGCACUAGCAGCGCACAAAUUACAGCGACCGGUCAGGAUGUAUCUAAACCGAAAGACAGAUAUGAUAAUGGUUGGAGGAAGGCAUCCAAUGAAGAUAACAUACAGUAUAGGGUUUAAGAAUAAUGGGAAGAUUACUGCAUUACACCUUGAGAUUUUGGUUGACGCCGGGAUUUAUACUGAUGUUAGCGUAAUAAUGCCGCGCAACAUAGCCGGAGCACUUAAAAAGUAUAACUGGGGUGCUCUAUCUUUGGAUAUUAAAUUAUGCAAAACAAAUCUUCCUAGUAGAUCUGCAAUGAGGGGCCCAGGGGACUUGCAAGGAUCAUUCAUCGCCGAAGGUAUUAUAGAAAAUGUUGCAGCUACGCUUUCGAUGGAUGUAGAUUCUGUUAGAAGCGUUAAUCUUCACACCUACACAAGUCUUAAGGAAUUCUAUGAUGAUUCUUGUGGUGAGCCUCUUGAAUAUACCAUGCCUUUAAUAUGGAAUAAGUUAGCUGUUUCUACAAACUAUGAGCUGAGAGUAAACAAAGUGAAAGAGUUUAACAGUAUAAACAUUUGGAAGAAAAGGGGAAUAUCUCGAGUACCGGUGUUGUAUGAGCUGAACCUAAGACCUACUCCAGGAAAAGUUAGUAUUUUAUCAGAUGGUUCUGUUGUUGUUGAAGUUGGAGGAAUUGAAUUGGGUCAGGGUUUAUGGACAAAGGUGAAACAAAUGGCUGCGUUUGCACUCGGCAUGAUUCAAUGCGACGGAAGUGGAAAUCUUUUGGAUAAAGUUAGGGUUGUACAAGCUGAUUCAUUGAGCUUGAUUCAAGGAGGAUUAACUGCUGGGAGUACUACAUCAGAGUCAAGCUGCGAAGCUGUUAGGCUUAGCUGCAAUAUCUUGGUUGAAAGACUAAAACCUAUCAAGAACAAGCUUCAAGAGGAAACUGGUUCUAUCAAGUGGGAGGCUCUUAUUCUUCAGGCAUACAUGCAAGCUGUGAAUUUAUCAGCAUCUUCAUAUUUUGUACCUAGUAAAAAUUCCAUGAAGUACAUCAAUUAUGGUGGUGCAGUUAGUGAGGUGGAAAUAGAUCUUCUGACAGGAGAAACCAGAUUUUUGCAAACAGAUAUUAUUUAUGACUGUGGACAAAGUCUCAACCCAGCUGUGGAUUUAGGACAGAUUGAAGGAUCUUUCAUACAAGGGUUAGGCUUUUUCAUGCUUGAAGAAUAUGAAACAAACCUUGAUGGUUUGGUGUUGCAAGAUGGGACAUGGAACUACAAAAUCCCAACAAUAGACACUAUUCCUCAACAGUUUAAUGUUGAAAUCCUUAACAGUGAGCAUCAUCAACAUAGAAUUCUCUCUUCAAAGGCAUCUGGCGAGCCUCCCUUGCUUCUAGCAGCUUCAAUUCACUGUGCCACAAGAUCAGCUGUCAAAGAAGCCAGAAAACAGCUCUUAUCAUGGAGCAACUUAGAUGAAUCAGAUUUAACAUUUCAGUUAGGGGUCCCUGCAACCAUGCCUGUAGUAAAGGAACUCAGUGGAUUAGACAUUGUACAAAGAUACUUGAAAUGGAAAAUGGACAACAAGUAAAAAAUACCUCAAUCACACACAUCAUUAUUCUGUAAAUGAAAGAUAGCCAUGCCAAUGCAUUAUUUGUAGCAAUAAUCAAGUUAUAUAAUUAGAUGAAUUUCAUUUGAAUCUUGUUAUUAAA